ACACUGCCAAAGAGCGGUGGAACUGUUUAUACUGGUAAAUGGAAACUGAUUCCAGUUCUCUUCCUGAGCAAAAGUGAAAUGAAAGGCGACGUCGACGCGUGAAUUUGUUAUGCAAAGUGCAACACGUGCAGGAUAUAUGUCCAGGAUCGGAUUUAUAUAAAGAUUAUCAUAAUUGACUUAUUUGAGUGAGAUUUUAAAGUGAUUGCUAAAUUGUGCUUGUAAAGGAUAGUAAGUGAUUUGAAACAAGACUUUGUGUUAACGUUUUUUUUUUGACUUGAUGGAAUAGGAUAUACACAAUUUGAUAAGGAGAAUUUGAGAGCCGAAAUCCAGGAAGAAAACAUACAUAUGGUGUCACUUUGGUGUGAAACAUUGUAAAAGGUCCAGUAAUCAUCUGGUUGCCGAAUUAAACCAGUACGACUAUGGAGGAGAGCAAUAGUGCUCCAGAUCCUGUGGCAUCCAAGCAACCAAACCAAUAUUACCACAUUAACGAAGUCACAUUAUCAAUAAACGGAGCUUCUGAGGUAAUCAGUGGACCUACUGUACAAAACAAUAAUAGGCCACCCAUACCCUCCAGUCCUCCGCCGAUUUACCACAACGAAAUAACGUUACCCAGCGUUGAAAAUACCCCAGUGAAACAAACCUCUCCAACAAAACCAGUGGAAAAUAAACAAAAGCCAGUGGAAAACAAACAAAAGCCAGUGGUAGAUGUUAAACAACCAAAAGCAGUAGAAAAAUUACCAAAGGCAACUGAUGUGCCUACACCUAAACCAAGGACAAUGAAUGAUCCUAAAAGUCACGACGCAACUGAUAGUAGCGGCGGCCUGGACAAUCCUAGUUUCGAGCCUGAUUCUAACAAACGCACCUCCUCAUUUGGCCGACCAACUCCAGUGACCAAUGGUCAUGCUAAAGAAAAAGAAGUUAUGAAGAAUGGUGAACUCAAUGCCAGUGCUAAUUUAAAAUCCCCAAUAAAAAGUAAUGGUGAUACAGAAAUGCACCAAGCCGUCAAUUUAGAAUUGGUCAACAUGGACCCACAUAGGAACGGAUUGCCCGUAAAGAAGGAGACUGAAGUAGAUAUAGGUGAUCCUUAUGAUGAGUAUUUUGUGCCAGUCAACGAACAUAGGAAGUACAUGAGAGGUGAGAAACUGUAUGUGACAAUGGAUAAGAGAACAAAAAGUCGAUGGCGGAAGAUCUUAUGCUGGUCGUUCGGGUUGGCACUGUUGUUUUGCGCUAUUCUGAUUGCCAUAUUAGCUGCAACUGGAGUAAUAUUAACAAACGAUGCAACGCCCAUUGAAACGACAAGCACAGAAUCGAGAGGUUUCAACGACGUGAAGACGGCGAGUGCUUUUGGAGCAGGAGGAACAGGAGGUACAAUAAGUACUCCGCCGCCGCCUUUGCCCACUGUCCCUCAUAUGCCUCCGACAACUGACAUGUCAAAAUAUGUUCAAUACGUGCCAAAUGCUCUGCAAGGAACUUUAGUCUUAGAUAAUACACAAUUCAGAGAUGAAUUCAACAAUCCUAAUAGCACUGAAUUCCAAAAACUUGCAUCUCAACUUGAAGCUGAACUCAUGAAAUCAUUAUUCGAUCAAAGGACAUUAAAUUAUGGAACGCACAACAUAAGUUUGAAAGUGAUUGAUUUCAAACCUGGUUCAGUUGUUGUGACCUAUCGAGUUUCAUGGGUUGAAAAAUCAUCUAACAAGCCUGCUCCAAUUGAUGAAAAUUCAAUGAUGGAUAAAAUUAAGCGAAAAUUAAAUGAAAACAAUGGGUACAUAAGUAACUACCACGUGGCUGCAGAAAAAGUCGAAGUAAGUCGUGUUCCUGACAAAUGUGUUAUCGAUAAUAACGGCUGCGCAAUGGGUUGUCAA